CAACAAGAUGUGUAUAUGAUAGUUUCAUUAGGAACUCAAUAUUAUGAAACUCACCUUUAUGAAUCGAUGUCAUUUCCAGAUAAAGAAAAAAGGAAAAAAUGCUGGAGUUCCCGUGAUGCAUAUUGGGAUUGUUUAGAUCAAAAUAAUGAUAAUCAAUCGAAAUGUGAAAAUGAAAAAAGAAGUUUCGAAGAUGACUGCCCUAAUCUAUGGGUACAACAUUUUAUACGUAAAAGAGAAUACCUGAAAUUUAAAGAAAAGCUUCAAUCUCAAGAUCCAGUUGAAGAACUAAAAAAAUCCUGAUGUUACAAAUGUUUAAUGCCCAUUUGUGUACCACUGAACAGUUUUUACAGCUUGUUAGUUUAUUUUUAUUAUGUAAUUUGUGUAUUUAUGCUUUCCCUCCCUGAAUAAAAAUCUCAGGUUUUACUAAACCAAAAGGUUGAAAUACAAGCAUAAUAUUGUAGAUAUUUAAGUAAAGCAAUUAUUUAUAAAAAAA